AUGGUUUCCAUCUCUUUCGUGUUUGUUACGGUCGUUCUGUUCCUGAGUGCUGUAGGGCUCAGUUAUGGUGGGAAGACGAGCCCCUUUGUUCGGAAGAAGUACAAGUCAGUGUCCAUGCCUCUUGAUAGCGACGUCUUCCGAGAGCCCCACGGCUUUAAUGCCCCUCAGCAGGUGCAUAUAACGCAAGGCAAUCACGAGGGAAACGCGGUGAUUAUAUCGUGGGUGACCCCGAAGUAUCCACGUUCUAAUAGAGUGCAUUAUUGGAGUGAGAAGAGUCCGAGCCAUAAGAAACAUUCUCAUGGCGUGAUCACUUUCUACAAGUACUAUAAUUACACCUCAGGUUAUAUCCAUCAUUGUACUCUCAGGCACCUGGAGUUCGACACAAAAUAUCACUACACCCUAGGGACAGGACAUGUCAGACGGACAUUCUCCUUCACGACCCCUCCCAAAGUUGGCCCAGAUGUGCCGUACACUUUCGGAAUUAUAGGGGAUCUGGGACAGACAGCCGAUUCGAACCAAACUCUGACUCACUACAUAUUGAACCCGAAGAAGGGCCAAACAAUGUUGUUCGUGGGAGACUUGUCAUAUGCAGAUGAUCAUCCAUACCACAACAAUAUCAGAUGGGAUACCUGGGGGAGGUUUAUCGAGCAAUCAGCUGCUUAUCAACCUUGGAUCUGGGUUUCUGGCAAUCACGAGCUCGAUUAUGCACCCGAACUUGGGGAAACUCAACCCUUUAAGCCAUACUUGCACCGAUACUAUGUUCCAUACAAGGAUUCGCAGAGUACGAGUCCAUUGUGGUACUCGAUCAGAAGAGCUUCAGCACAUUUCAUCAUACUUUCCUCUUACUCGGGAUUUGCGAAAUACACUCCUCAGUAUGAGUGGCUCAAAGCAGAGCUGCCCAAAGUGAACAGGACUGAGACACCGUGGUUGAUUGUUCUUGUGCACGCCCCGAUGUACAACAGCUACAACUACCAUUACAUGGAGGGUGAAGCAAUGAGAGUUGUCUUUGAGCCAUGGUUCGUGGAGCACAAGGUCGAUAUCGUGUUUGCUGGGCACGUCCACGCCUACGAGAGAACUGAACGAAUAUCGAAUAUAGCUUACAACAUCACGAAUGGUCUAUCAACUCCUCAAGCCAACACAGAUGCACCAGUUUAUAUUACCAUUGGAGACGGAGGGAAUCUAGAAGGCCUGGCGACCAGCAUGACCGAGCCACAACCUCUGUACUCGGCCUACCGUGAAGCGAGCUUUGGGCACGCCAUCCUUGACAUCAAAAACCGAACACAUGCCCAUUACAGUUGGCACCGUAACGACGACGGUUAUGCCGUGGAAGCAGAUUCGAUGUGGUUCCAUAACAGAUUCUAUUAUCCGGUCGACGAAUCCAUAAAUGGCUAGACAUUAUCGAUCGAGCACUUUUUCAGGUACUUGGUGUUUGGCGGUAACAAUAGUUGAUAGGUCUUUUUAAUUUUUUUUUCCCGGGUGGAAUAAUGUUAAUAGUAGCCGGUUCUUUUAUGUGUGAACUUCUAUCCCGGAGUUGUUGGCUGGA